AUGGCGUUCAGUUCCCACUUUGCCCUUCAAAAGCGAUGCCACUGUGAAAAGGAUAAGAUGGAUCAAGACAGCAUACUUUAUCAUAUCCUAAACCACAAGGGACAUUCACAUCUACCCACCUGCAGCUGCAAAGAGAAGGCAGCACUAGGAUCACCUUAUAUUGCUUGCAAGGCUGCUUCUGAAGUUCUCCUUAAGACAGUGAACUUUAUUAAAAACCUGCCCUCGUUUUGCAGACUGCUGCAAAUGGAUCAGCUGCUACUGCUGGAGAACUGCUGGGCUGCCCUGUUCGUGCUGGGUCUGGCUCAGGAAGGUGUCGAUUUUGAAGUGAUUGAACCUUCUAAGACAAGCAUACUGAAAGAGCUUCUAAUGAACCAGAAAAUUAAAUAUAACAAGGAGAAAAUGAGCAAUGAACCAUCAGCAGUGGAAGUACAGAAAGUCAAAUUGUUCCUUACUAAGUGUUGGAGUAUGGACUUCAGCACAAAAGAGUAUGUGUACUUAAAGGGGAUUGUAUUGUUUAGUCCAGAUGUAUCAGGUCUGCAUUUUUCAGAACACAUCUUGUGCCUGCAACAGGAGGCAGAGAAAGCCCUCACCGAAUACACUCACUCAGUCUAUCUUCAGGAUGCAACACGUUUCAGCCAGAUAGAGCUUGCAUUAAUGUCCUUAAAGAGCAUCAGUCCGUCUGUCAUCACACAGUUGUUUUUCCAACCUCUGAUUGGAAAUAUCCAAAUGAAUGUGCUGCUGAUGGAAAUGCUGUAUGCAAGCUAG